UGACAGUGUCUGCUCUUUCCCGCCACUUCUGCCUUCUUCUCUCUCUCACUCACUGUCCUCUUCCACCGGAAACUGAGGCAGAGCCCCUCGUCGCCGUCGAACUUAGAGCUCCGAAGAUGCUGUGGGUCGACAAGUACCGCCCCAAGACCCUAGACAAGAUGAUCGUUCACGAGGACGUUGCUCAGAACCUCAAGAAAUUGGUCUCGGAGCAGGAUUGUCCGCAUCUGCUCUUCUAUGGCCCCUCCGGCUCCGGCAAGAAAACCCUAAUUAUGGCCCUCCUCAGGCAGAUGUUCGGAUCCAGCGCCGAAAAGGUGAAGGUGGAAAAUAAGACAUGGAAAAUUGAUGCUGGUUCCAGGACUAUUGACAUAGAGUUGACCACAUUGUCAAGUACCAACCAUGUCGAGAUGAACCCCAGUGAUGCAGGAUUCCAGGACAGAUACAUAGUUCAGGAGAUAAUUAAAGAAAUGGCCAAGAAUAGACCCAUUGAUACGAAAGGAAAGAAAGGAUUCAAAGUAUUGGUGCUUAAUGAGGUUGACAAACUGUCGAGAGAAGCUCAACAUUCUCUAAGGAGGACGAUGGAGAAAUACAGCGCAUCAUGCAGGCUUAUCCUUUGCUGUAACAGUUCAUCAAGAGUCACUGAAGCCAUCCGUUCUCGGUGUCUCAAUGUACGAGUAAAUGCACCGACAGAAGAUGAGAUCAUGAAGGCGUUAGAGUUUAUUGGUAAGAAAGAAGGACUGCAACUUCCAUCUGGGUUUGCUGCUCGUAUUGCAGAAAAGUCGAAUCGUAAUUUGAGGAGAGCUAUACUGUCUUUUGAAACUUGUCGUGUACAGCAGUAUCCUUUCACAACUAACCAAGCAAUCCCUCCAAUGGACUGGGAAGAGUAUGUUUCUGAAAUAGUGUCUGACAUAAUGAAGGAGCAGAGUCCUAAAAGGUUAUUCCAGGUACGAGGGAAGAUAUACGAGCUCCUUACUAAUUGCAUUCCUCCGGAAAUUAUUUUGAAGAGGCUGCUUUAUGAACUGCUGAGGAAAUUAGAUGCUGAAUUGAAGCAUGAGGUCUGCCAUUGGGCGGCAUAUUAUGAGCAUCGAAUGCGUCUUGGACAGAAGGCCAUAUUCCACCUUGAAGCGUUCAUCGCAAAAUUCAUGAGCAUCUACAAAUCAUUUCUCAUCGCUACCUUUGGGUGAGGCAGCAGCAGCAUAUGCUCAAGGAUCAGCUUUGUUAUGGUCUGUGCAUAUAGCAGGAUGGAGUCCAAUUUCGUCGCUGUCUGAGUUUCUACUUCCUUGGUUCCAUGGAUGACCCCUUUCCUUCAACCAUUUUGAUGUUUCGUGACUCUUGAAUCGACAUGGUGGCCGGUCAGGCCCCAGGAUGGAUUUCUCCCUUUAUGUUUAGCCCAUCCUUGAUCUAGUUCCGAAGAUAAUCCAAUCUCAAAGUUGCUCUUUUAACUUAAUUUUUAUCGGAUGUAGUGACAUUAUCGUCACCUUACUUA